CUGCGUCAGGCGUGGUCGUCGCAGUUCAUCCGAGUCGGGCGCGGCGAUAGUCUCGCGUGUCUGUCGUGGUCACUCAUCUCGGGGGUUACACAGUGCUGUGAACCGUGGCGUCUCGCUCUGUGCGCGGUGGACAGGAAUAUGUGACGCUGCGUCGAAUGGGAAGCGCGCAAGCAGUCCGUACGUACACGCGAAACGUGAGCGAAGCUCGUUAAGCGUUUCUCGCUUUUCGGUUUAAGGGUUAAAUCCCCUGUCGAAUCCCCGCGGUGAUCUCCUGCGGGAGGAGCGAGCGAGAAAGAGAGAGGCCGUACCGCGUGGCGAGAGCAUGUCGACGACGGAGAAUCAGAACGGUACCGCGGGCGGCGCGCAGAGCAACGGCAUCAAGACCCUCUCGUCGUCUUCCUCCACGUCGUCCACGGCGUCGUCCACGACGUCGUCGGGCGUCUCGCCGUCGACCGGCGUCGGCCGCGUCGGCCUACCCAACAACAGCAACUCGUCCUUCCUCUACAGCAGCAGCACGAUGCUGAGCCGGGAGAAGACGCGGCAGGUGCCGCCGCCGACCCUGCCCAAGUACACGUCUAGCUUUAACGCUGGCUCGAACGGCGGUGGCGGCGGCACGGCCGAGAGACUCGGCAGGGACCGCGAGGCCGGUGGCAGCUACAGACUCGCCAGUCUGGACAGACUCGCCCUGAGACAGAGGAUACUGGACGGGGAAAAAGCGAAUGGCGAUCCCAUCUCGAUUCAGACGAAGCGUGAACUAUUUUUCAAAAGCGACGGUACAGGAAUAAUCUCAUCGCCGUCGGUGCCGUCGGUGCCGCCGCCGCAGCCGCCGACGCAGACCCCCGGAUCUCAGGUGAACAAUUCGUCGGUGGCGAACGCCACAACUGCCAGCAGCCUCACAUCACCAAACACGACGCCGGUGUACUCGAGCGGAGCCCUCGCCGGGCUCAACGCGAAGUCGCGGCUGCCGUCCGCGACGACUGUUCCGAACGACGCCUCGGAGGACAGCAACAGGCGCGAGUCGGCGCGCAACGCGAUCUCCUCCAAGGAGGACAGCAACAAGGAAGCGAGUCUGCUGCACCAUGCGCGACCCACGCCGCCCACCAAGCCCAAGGAGCUCGACGGCUACGUCGGCUUCGCGAAUCUCCCUAACCAGGUGUAUAGGAAGGCCGUGAAGAAGGGCUUCGAAUUCACGCUCAUGGUCGUAGGGGAAUCGGGUCUUGGCAAAUCCACUUUGAUCAACUCCAUGUUCCUGGCUGACAUAUACAGUGCCGAAUAUUUCGGACCCAGCCUGAGGUUAAAGAAGACGGUUGCCGUGGAAACUAGCAAAGUGCUGCUGAAGGAGAAUGGCGUUAAUCUCACCCUCACGAUUGUCGAUACUCCUGGUUUCGGUGACGCUGUGGACAAUAGCAACUGUUGGGUGCCAGUAAUCGACUAUAUCGAAUCGAAGUAUGAAGAGUUUCUCAACGCGGAGUCUCGUGUAACGAGACGGCAGAUCCCAGACAGUCGAGUGCAUUGCUGUCUCUACUUUGUCGCGCCCUCCGGUCACGGUUUGAAGCCGCUCGACGUGGAAUUCAUGCAACGUCUCCACGACAAAGUUAACAUCAUACCUGUUAUUGCCAAGGCAGAUACCAUGACGCCGGAUGAGUGCGCACACUUCAAGAAACAGAUCUUGAACGAAAUUGCGCAACACAAGAUAAAAAUCUACGAGUUCCCGGAGGUUGAAGAAGAAGAGGACAACAAAUUCCAUAAAUUAUUAAGGGACAGAGUGCCAUUCGCAGUCGUGGGAGCGAACACAGUCGUCGAAUGCGAGAACGGGAAGAAACUGCGAGGAAGAAAAUAUCCAUGGGGAAUUGCGGAAGUCGAGAAUCUGGAACAUUGCGACUUUAUUGCGCUCCGAAACAUGGUGGUAAGGACACACGUGCAGGAUUUAAAAGACGUGACGAACAACGUGCACUACGAGAACUUUAGGUGUCGCACCUUGGCCGGUCUAGGCGUCGACGGUAAACCGACAAAGGCCUCGAAUAAUUUGUGCCCUCCAGGAGUGAUGAACAGUUUCAUGAUGGUGUGGAACCCGUUGGCGCAGCUGGAAGAGGAGAAGCGCGAGCACGAUAACAAGAUGAAGAAGAUGGAGACGGAAAUGGAGCAAGUUUUCGAGAUGAAAGUUCGCGAGAAGAGGCAGAAGUUGAAAGAUUCCGAGACGGAUUUGCAGAGAAGGCACGAGCAAAUGCGACGCUCGUUGGAGCAGCAAGUGCGCGAGCUGGAGGAGAAGAGACGAGCGUUCGAGGCGGAGAAGACUGCCUGGGAGCAGCAGACCGGCCACAGUAUUGAAGAACUACGUAGACGCAGCUUAGAGGCGAACUCGAAAGAGACUGUCGACGGUAAAGAUAAGAAGAGCAAGAAGAAGGGCCUCUUCUAAUUGUCGAUUGGCAAGAGAAGCAGACGGCGAGAAAGAGAUCAGGCGGGAAAACAGUCCGAUUCCGGAGUGGCUGUUACACUUUCGUGACCACGCUAUUUAUCGAUGACGUACCGACGACGAACACGAGUCAGGUAGUUUUCGUUCGACGAUAGGCUCGAUUCGCGCGCGAUGUAUAGGAAUUCUUCUCGAUCUCGAUGCGUGCCUAAUCGGAGGAACAGCCGCUCGUUAAGAUCUCAAGAACCAGGAAAGCGUGGAUCUGAAGAGCUGUGAAAUAAGUAACGAUAUCGAGAGAUCUGUGAAAGCAAAAAUCUAUGAAGUUAAAGCGCUCUGAAAACACAAAGGGUUCGUGAUAAUCCGAUCUCUGAGAUCACCGUGCGCUAUCGAUCCAUCAAUCUACAGAACUGAGAAUCUACGCCCUAGUUUCUAAUACAAGGAUUCUCCGAUUAGAGAAACUCGAACGUAAAAUUGAUUGAGAUUGCGAAUCAGCUGCUGAUAUCCUCGUUGAUGCGGAUUAUCCUGGGCCGCAUCGAGAUUCACGUGGACGUCCUGUAUUUCGUUUUCUUCUUCUUUUCCCAAUGGUACACUGGCUCUUACGAGAGUCGAAGCACUACGACUUCGAUGGUCUAAUGAGUUUCGUUGUUCGCGAUACCUGAUUCGUGCGAAGCUGUAGACAGAAGAAAAAGAAAGAAAGAAACGUUUUCCUGCGAGAGAGUGCGUUUGCCUGCGCUAUUUCGCGUUUACUAUUUGGCAUCCGAGAGAAAAGGAAAGCAAGAGAGAACAAGAGAUGCACAAUCAUCUUUUCACGCUCAUCAGCGUUUAAUCGCGAUCGCCAUUUACUUCACGAUAACAACUGUACAAAAAGAAAACCCAUGUAGACAUAAUUUUUUGGAGAACGUAACUUUCGUACUUUCCUCGGCGCGAGUUAGCUCCGUUUAAGCUUGUGUAUCUUUCUGCGUAACGAGAGCCAUGUUCGCCGUCCUUUGCCAAUCAUAAUUACACAUACGUUAGUUUUAUGACUGAACCGAAUUCGCGAAGAUUUUCGGCAUAUCAAUAUCUCGCACUUAAGAUAACAGAACGUCUUGCGUUUCGUAUCUUGAAAUAAAAAGAGACGAGAUUAUUAUAUACUUCCACAGAACACAAUGAGUUCGAUCACUCUUGUGUUCUUAAAUCAUGAUCUUGAUAUUGCAAGUAUAUAGUUGGAAUCUAUACUUUUUUUUUCCUUCAAUUAUUCACUUAUCUGAUACUUUAUUAAAAAAACAAAUUGUAAAACUAUAAUUUCAUUUGACAUGCAAAAUGUCAUAGAUGACAUCUUAGAUAACUUUGUUUUGUUGACUUCGAAUUCUUUAUAGGAAUAUCGAACUAUUAACAGUAAUUAAGUAAAAAAAUCUGAAAAGAUUUUCACAUAUGAAAGAAAAAUACAUAUAUUUUAUUCUUGAAUUAAUUUAUCAAGAAGAUUUACAAAUUUUUAAAAUGAACGCAUUGAAAAUUUACUUAAACGUUAACAAAUUAUUUAAAAAAAUUAUAACAUGAAGAUUAAGCGUAUGGUUAUUUAUGGUUUAUGUAAAUCAGAAAUUUACAAUGAAUUAAAGAAUUUCCAAUAGAUUAAUCUUAAAGUCAAUGAAAAUUAGUAGCUUGUAAGAAAAAAAUCAUUGAGGAUAAUCAUAUUUUUCAUUACAUUAUCACGCGAGUAGUUUCUUCUGUCGCAGAGGGAGGCGAACAUGAUAUCGCACAAAAACAGCGGCCAUACAUAUAUUAUAUAAAUAUAUAUAUAUAUAUAUAUUUUAUGUAUAAAUAAAAAAGCGAGAGAAGGAAGCGUAAAUGUAAGUCUAAUUCAUGUACAUGUACACUUAAGUCACGCUUUGCGACAGGCGUGAGAAAUCGAUAUUACGAUAAGAACGGAUCAUUGUAUAAAUAAUAAAUUUAGAUGUGCCGCACGAUUCGAGACGGUGCGCUUUUUCCUUCUUCUUGUAUCGAGGCCGCUUGAACGUUUUUCUUCGUUACGGUUAAAGAAGGGUCGGCUUUCGCAACAUAAUUUUUAUAAAACUAAAUUUGAAUAAUUUCUAUAUAAUUACAUUCGGAUUUUUGGAUCGGUACAAUAUCGACAACGCAAAGAUUAUUGUAACUGAAACUUUAUAAGAAUUUAUACGAUAGCUUUUUUUGAAGAUAUCUUUAUUUCUUAAUAAUUACACAAGCUAUUGAAUAAAUAUAUAACUACGCGAAUUAAAAUUAUAAGUAUCUUUUUGGACGUACUACUAAAGUGUCGAGAAAUGCUUGGAAAUACUUCAACGGAAGUACUCCAAAAGUUUAGUUGCAAUUUAUCGGUUUACCGUGGAUGUACCGUUUAUACUCGACAAAUGUUUACACUCGCGCCGUCUGGAAUUCGUCUACGUCGAUAUGUUUAGUGGAUAAGCUAAUUAAGUUACUUCUGUGCCAAGACGAGCGAGGGAGUGAGCAUUUUGUAACUCUGUAGCGGUCUCUUUGGUUACCGCGAGAUGAAGCACACGGUAUUCUUCCCGGGAAGAUUUUGCGUUUUGAAGGGUUCAGGAGUAACGUGCCCGUUUAUCGGUCCCUCGACGGGUGUUUCGAGAAACCCCGAGAAUAGUCGAUUUUGUUUCUUUAACAGCGUAUUAUUUGACGUCACGUAAUUUAUUAUUCGAUCUCAUUAAAGAUCUGUUCUUUCCAGUUAUGGCUUCCUACUUACGUCUCCUUCUUCGUGGAAUGCGAAUAUAUAUUUGUUUCACGUCGAGUGCUGGGAGGCGACUGAAAGGAACAGAUCUACGAAACGAUACGGAGGCCAGUAAAAAUUGUCGUUCGACGAUUAUCUAUUACGUUUCUCAAUAACGUAUUCUAUUUUACUAUGCUUCCUCCGUUUUCUUCAUCUCACGGGGGGACAGGGAUGAGAAGCGAGCGUACGCCACAUUCCUAGUUUGUACGCAUUUUUCUAAUUAGGCUCGCCGGCUCGAGCGCAUUUAGCCCUUUCGCCAAGACUAUCCAAUCUUCCGUUCGCAUAUGACACGCGAGUCGACAGCGAACAGUGUCAGCAGGAACUCAAAAGUACGAGCCCGAGAGAUAACAUGAAUACUUUCAGAAUCGUCUAAGAGUCGCAAGUAUAUUGAUUUCUGAAUAGAGUAGGACCCAUUCGAAAAUAUGUAUUUUUGCGAUUCUUAGACGUAAGAACUAUUCAUCUCUUGGAGAUUCGCACUGUGGACUGAGGGACAUCGUCAGGAUCAGCGAAGCGGGUUUUAAGAAGCCGGUUUAUGUGAACAUUCUCAGCGUAGGAUUUGAGGAUUUAAAAUCAAAUUGGAAAACUCAAGGUUUCAAGGGAUUCCAAGAGGAUUCAAGAAAGCCGGGAAACGAAGAAACAAUUAGAUUCUCACGCGUGUCUCUCUCGGAUUUCGUGUUUUGUGUCGCCAAGUCGCAAAUGAGGCGCAAAAGCGUAAAAAAAGAAUCAAUAGUUCAACGUUAUUAUACAGGAUUUCCCAGGUUAAACUUAUGGACGUACACUGCAUAAACUGUAAUAAGAAAAACAGUACAAGUCCGAUGUGAAAAAUGGUUACUAGAAAGUAAGAAAUCGUUGCUAAAAUUUUCAAGAGAGUCAUCGUAGCAACGCAAUUAAGUUAAUUUAUCGCGGUAAUUAAUUUUUAAUUUAAAAUUUCAAUGAAUUAAAUCCCGUCAUUUUGCCGCGCAACGUUACCAGAUUGGGUCCGUUUUUACACUUUCUACUUGAUGCCGGUGGUAAAUGCUCCAAUAAGUUUCUCCUGGAAGGACCUGUUAUCGUUUUGCAGGUCCCAGGAUAUUCCAGGUUAAACUUAUGGACAUACACUGCACAAACUGUAAUAAGAAAAACAGUUCAAGUCCGAUGUGAAGAAUGGUUACUAGAAAGUAAGAAAUCGUUGCUAAAAUUUUCAAGAGGACCGUCGUAGCAGUGCAAUUAAGUUAAUUUAUCGCGGUAAUUAAUUUUUAACUUAAAAUUUCAAUGAAUUAAACCCCGUUAUUUUGCCGCACAACGUUACCAGAUUGGGUCAGUUUUUACACUUUCUACUUGAUGCCGGUGGUAAAUGCUCCAAUAAGUUUCUCCUGGAAGGUCCUGUUAUCGUUUCGCAGGUCCCAACGAGGACCGGCAGUCGAUUGUACUUAAUUACCAUCUGGUCGCGCUUUUUUUACAGUCGCGCUGGGACGACGUCGAGCCGGACGGGGGGCUCCUCACUUAGGGUCGCGGGGGGCGAGCCAGCUGGGUGUUAUUGAUAGACUAUAUGUAUUUGUAUGGACGAUGCUUGUAAUACAGUUUUAAAUGGUUACUCGUAAGGUCAUCGCGAUUGCGUUCGCUCCGAAACAGGAAGGAAUAGAGCUGGCAAAGGGUGGGUGGGGGGGGGGGGGAUUAAUAGAUAGACGAAACAAAUUUAUAUAUUUUGCCGUGCCAGACGAAAACGAAAGCUGCCGCCGCUAAUCGUAGACCAGUUGUAGUAACGACUCACUAUUGUAUCGCGACGAACACCUUAGAGUAUGUAUCCAAGUAAAUUAUAUAUAAAACCAUAUAAAAGAA